GGGCUUGGGGAGGCUCCGGUCGCGGCUCAUCGAGGGCUCCCAUCCCUGUCACAGGCCCCCGGGCCGCCGUGGCCAUGGACCCGCCGGUCAAAAAGAUGAGGCACCUCAAGAGGAUCAGGAUGCAUGUCGUAACCUGGAAUGUGGCAUGUGCAACACCCCCAACCAACCUCAAUGACUUGCUUCUGCUAAACAAUGAAUGUGAGAACAUCGACAUGUAUGUCAUUGGCUUACAGGAAAUGAAGUCUGGCAUCAUCAAUUACAUUUCGGAGUUGGCGUUUGAAGACCCCUGGAGCAAGUUCUUAAUGGAUGUGCUUGCCCCUCUGGGUUAUAUCAAGGUGACCUCCAUAAGAAUGCAGGGACUUCUCCUACUGGUCUUUGUCAAGCGCCUGCAUGUGCCCUUCAUUUCUGACAUCUAUACCAACUACACUCGAACUGGCCUCUAUGGUUACUGGGGGAACAAAGGGGGAGUCUCCAUCAGCCUUCGGAUAUAUGGCUAUGCCAUCUGUUUCCUCAACUGCCACCUGCCAGCCCAUUUAACCAACAAUGACCAGCGGCUCAGUGACUUUGACAAGAUCCUGGAAAUGCAGAGCUUUGAGAAUGACAACAUCCCUAACAUCCUGGACAAUGACCUCAUCUUGUGGUUUGGUGACCUCAACUUUCGUAUUGAAGAGUUCGGGUUAUGUUUUAUCCAAGAAUCCAUCCGAAAAGGGCUCUACAACAUCCUCUGGAAGAAGGAUCAGCUCAACAUGAUUAAGAAGUGCGAUUCACUGCUCCAACAGUUCCAGGAGGGCCCUCUGCUCUUCAAGCCAACCUUUAAAUUUGACAUCAACUCAGAAGAAUAUGAUUCCAGUGAGAAAAAGCGCAAACCAGCGUGGACUGACCGAAUCCUUUGGAGGCUGAAUCAAAAGCUCCAGAAUAAAUGUGACAACUUAACAGAACCUGAGCGCUUCUUCUCUCUGGUAUUGAAGAAUUACCAAAGCUAUAUGCAGUAUAAAGUCAGUGACCAUAAGCCAGUCACGGGGACCUUUGAAAUGGAGCUGAAGUCCCUAGUGCUAACCACACCAAUCACCCUGAUUCCUGAGGGCCGGUGGAUCACGCCUUAUGAUCUGGUGGUCAGCUAUAACCGGAGUCCUGACUUCAAAAGCAGCAGCUGGGACUGGAUUGGCCUCCACAAGGUCGUGAUCCGCCACUUGAAGGACUGUGUGACUUAUGCCUGGGUCAAGGACAACCUGGUAUCCUCAGAAAAAGGCCUUUACCAGGUAUAUAUCAAUGCUAGCGGUUUCCCAGAGGAAGGGGGAGAGUUUCUUCUCAGUUACUAUAGUAGCAACCUGAAGGCUAUAGUGGGACUGAGUGAACCCUUCCAGCUCUGUAGAAAUAACCUGACUCCAGAAGACUGGAGAGAAAAGAAAGGCGAUCCACUGAUGUACUGAGCCAGGAUGAAUGCCUCACAGCUCUCCCCCUGUCCUCCUCGGGCCCCACCAUGACUGCUGUUUGUGGGUCCAGCUCUCCCGAGAUAAGGGCAGGCCGUGCAGAACAGCCCACCUGCCUCCCCUCCACACCUCCUGGUUCCCCAUCCAGAACUGGGAUUAACCAUUUUAAUAGAGGUUUCAGUUACCAGGAUAUGGAUGAGGCCAGCCAGUCCACCUGCCAUGGAGACUCAAGCACAGUCAACCGAGUGACGGGGGAUUCUUUUAUGCUCUCCUCCUUCCUUUCCUGGCCUCCUCCCCACCCUGCCCCUUAACCCAGCUAGGGCCAGUUGCCUUCACAAUGCCCUCAGUGGGGCUGCCAGCCACAUGCCCCAGCUGGCACCUGCCCCACAUUCCUAUGGCUCCAUCUCCAGGACUCUGGCUAGCAGGGAUGGAGACAUACAUUUGUACAGGAUCCUCUAACCAGUUGGCAGCAGCCUUCCAAGUUUUAGGAGGAAUCUUGGAAUCUUGGCAGCAUAUUCCCUCCUCCAGUGGCAGGGCAGGGGUGGCAUAGUGAUGGAUAUGUCCCAAUGUGCCCUUCAGCAUGGAUAAUUAGUGUAACUUUGGUAUAGUAGCGGAUUGCUGAGUAUCUUUUCAAGGGGGUUCUGGAUCAGGAAAUCCUUUAGCAUUGAGACACAACCUGAGGUCAUUGGUGGGGGGGGGUCCCAAUUCUGAUGCCUCCUGCUUAUGGCUGAGAGACAGCUGGGGCUUCAACCUUCCCUCUUAGUGGGGUUGAAUGGACAAGGAGGAACUCUUAAGAGUUGCUGCCCUGAGCCCUGUGACCCUACCUUUUUCCAGCUUUCUGAGUGAUACUUCACCCCAACAAUUAAGCCUCACAGGCCAAUUCACAUAGCAUCAUUGUAUUAUGAGUUACUAGCCCACAGGAAAUGAUUUGGGGACCCCUCAUGGACUGGGCAAGCUGAUAGUUAAGGUCUUCUGGGGAUCUUUAGAAAACAUUCCUCUCUAGGUACCAUCUUAAAAUUUUGGAGUGGUCCUGUAGCUCCACCCUCAACAUUGGGGAUGUCAGUGGCACCUUUUCUUUAACUCCCCACUCUGCCUUAGAGUCAUAGGAAGGAACAUCUCAGGGAGCCCACUUUGUGUAACAUCACUAUAGUUCUUUCCUCCCUCCUUCCUGAAGGCCCACAGAGGGGGUGGAUUCCAUGAACACAGAGCUCCACUCUCUACAUAGAAGCUCACUGAGGGGUGCUCCAGGCCAGUAGCUGCUCCACAUUUCUCCUUUGGAAGCCUCAAAUGUCAACAACUCCCCUUGCUUCUGUUGUCCUUGCCCUGGCUCCCCAGGGAAAUUUUGCUGCUGAGCCCAGCGACUUCAGUCUGUGCAUCUGUGUCUGUUACAUUUGAGAAUAGAGAUGUGGCUUUUA